AUGAACACGGGAGACAUGCGCCUCGACGCGGCCCGUAGGGGCCACCACCCUCUGGAUCGGCAGCGUUGUCCCCAGCGCCCCUCCUUUACCACCUCAGCCUCGCCGCGCAAUGGGGCCGCCGCCCCUGAGCCCCCCAUCGCCAACCGCAUCAUCGAGACGGAGCUGGUCGCCGAGGCCGAAAAGUCCUACCUCUCGUACGCCAUGUCUGUGAUCGUGGGGCGCGCCUUGCCCGACGUGCGCGACGGCCUCAAGCCGGUGCACCGCCGCAUCCUGUUUGCCAUGCACGAGCUGGGCAUGACGCAGGGCAAGCCCUUCCGCAAGUGCGCGCGUGUGGUGGGCGAGGUGCUGGGCAAGUUCCACCCGCACGGCGACACCGCGGUGUAUGAUGCGCUGGUGCGCAUGUCGCAGCCCUUUGCCAUGCAGUCCCCGCUCGUAGACGGGCACGGCAACUUUGGGUCGCUGGACGACGACCCCCCCGCGGCCAUGAGGUACACCGAGUGCCGGCUGCAGGCGUACACCGGCGCGGCGCUGCUUGCGGACCUGGAGGCCGAGACCGUGGACUUCGUGCCAAACUUCGACGGGUCGGUGCCGGAGCCGACCGUGCUGCCGGCGCGGCUGCCCAACCUUCUGGUCAACGGCUCCUCGGGCAUCGCGGUGGGCAUCGCCACCAAGAUCCCCUCUCACAACAUGCGCGAGGUGGUGGCGGGCCUCAGGGCCCUCGCCCGAAACCCGCGCAUCUCCACCGCCGCGCUCAUGCGCCACAUCCCCGCGCCAGACUUCCCCACGGGCGGGGAGAUCCUGCUGUCGCCCGCCAUGGCCGACACGUAUGCCAUGGGGCGCGGCACCUUCACCGUGCGUGCCAAGCUGCGGAUCGAGGACGCGGCCAAGGCCCCCACUGCAGGCCGCCGCGCCGGCGCUCGGCACGCUGGCAGCGGCCGCGCCGCGGUGGUGCUGGAGGAGCUGCCGUACCAGACCAACAAGGCGGCGCUGGUGGAGCAGAUCGCGCGCCUGGUGGACGCGGGCACGCUCAUCGGCGUGUCUGACGUACGGGACGAGUCCGACCGCGACGGCAUGCGUGUGGUCGUGGAGGUCAAGCGAGGCUUCGAGCCGGUGCUGGUGGUGAACCAGCUGUACAAGCACACGGCGGUGCAGGGCCGGUUCAGCUGCAACAUGGUGGCCCUGGUGGGGUCCAUGCCCCGCACGCUGGGCCUGCGUGCCUUCCUGCAGGAGUGGCUGGACUUCCGGGCGACGGUGGUGGCGGCGCGCGCGCGCGCGGCGCUGGGCCGUGCCCGCCGCCGCCUGCACCUGGUGGACGGCUUCCUGCUGGCCCUGCGCGACAUCGAGGGCGUGGUGCGCAGCGUGCGCGAUGCGGCCGACGGCCCCGCCGCCGCCGCGGCGCUGGUGGCGCGCCAUGGGCUCAGCCGCGAGCAGGCAGACGGCGUGCUGGGCCUGGCGCUGCGCCGCCUGACCUCGCUGGAAAGCGGGAACCUGGAGGAGGAGGCGGCCAGCCUGAGGGCCAGGCAUGUGGUUGCUGAGCUGGAGGCCUUGCUGGCCAGUCAGGAUAAGGUGCUGGACGUGGUGGUGGCCGAGGCGGAGGAGAUCGCCGAGAAGUUUGGCCGCCCACGCCGCACGGCCCUGGUCUCGGAGGACCCGGGCUCCAGCGGCGAUCUGCAGACGGAGGAUGUGACCCCCAACGCGCCCUCCCUCAUCGUGUACAGCCGGCGCGGGUACAUCAAGCGCAUGCGCACCGACGCCUUCUCGGUCCAGCGCCUGCGCGGCCGCGGCAAGCGCACCACCGGCCUGCGCGAUGAUGACAGCGUGGAGGACGUGGUGGCCGUCAACGACCACGACCGCCUGCUCCUCUUCACCGCCGCAGGGAAGAUGCACGCGCUGCGCGCCUACGAGGUGCCCGAGGCCUCCCGCACCUCCGGCGGCACCGCCAUCAAGUCCCUGUUUCCCCGCAUCGGCGUGCUGGCGGCAGUGCUCCCCUUGCCGGGCGAGCCUGUGGCUGUUCCAGGCGGCAACAGUAGCAGUGCCGAGGACGCAGACGCCGACCCCCCCCCGCCGAACGACGACGUCGUGUUACUGACCAGCAAGGGCCUGGCCAAGCGCGUGCCGCUGGCGCGCUUCGGCCGCAUGUCGCGCCACGGCAAGCUGGCCAUGGGCCUCACCGAGGGCGACAGCGUCAGGUUUGUCUGCACCGCGGGGGACACCGACUCCAUUCUCCUGGCCGCCAGCACCGGCUACGUCAUCCACUUCAGGACCUCCCUCCUCCGGCCCUCCAGCCGGGGGGCGGGCGGCGUGAAGACAAUGCUGCUGCGUGGCGACGCCCACCUGGUGGGCAUGGGCGUGCUGCCCUGCGGCGUGGCGGCCGAGGAGGAAACCGAGGCCAAUGGGCCCGAGGAGGAGGCCGAGGCCUCCAGCGGUGAGGAGGAGUACGAGGGCGAGGACGACGAGGAGGGCCCCGCGGCGGCCGCCGAGGAGACGCCCGGCCCCUGGCUCCUGCUGCUCACGCGGCGGGGCCUGGGGAAGCGCGUCGCGCUGGCCGACUUCCGGCUGCAGGGCCGCGCGGAGUCUGGCGACUGCACUGAUGUCCUGGUGUCCACCGAGAACGGCCUGUCGGUGCGCCUGGCGCUGGGCGACAUCCGGGUGCUUGGCCGGGCCGGGACCAAGGGCCACCGCGUUCUCAAAGUCCAGCCGGGCGACGCCGUGGCCAGCGCCACCCUGGUGGGCCGCGGGUAG